AUGUUUUAUGUCCACCUGCUCAUCAACAAGAGGGGACCUCUGGCCAAAAUAUGGCUUGCUGCCCACUGGGAGAAGAAGCUCACCAAGGCUCAAAUCUUCGAGUGCAAUUUAGAGACCACUGUAGAAAAGAUCAUCUACCCCAAGUUUGCUAUAGCUCUACGAACCUCUGGGCACUUACUCCUGGGAGUGGUGAGGAUUUACCACAGGAAAGCAAAGUACCUCUUGGCAGACUGCAGUGAAGCUCUGACCAAAAUGAAAACAGCCUUUCGUCCAGGGCUUCUUGACCUUCCAGUAGAGAACACUGAGGCUGAUUAUCAGUCCAUUACAUUACCUGAAGAAUUCCAUGAUUUUGAAACACCUCUGCCAGAUGUAAAUGCCAUUGAUGUUGCAGAGCAUUUUACCUUGAAUCAGAGCAGAGCUGAAGACAUCACACUUACAGAGGAUUACGAAAGCAAUAUACUUCUCUGUGAUAGCAACUUUGAAAUCCUGUUGAGGGAUGAGCAAAAUGGCCUAGAUAAAGACAUUCUUGCUAUGGAGGAAGCACAUCCUUUGUCACCAGAUCUGCCGGAGCACAGCACAGCCAUUGAGUCUGACCAUGAAGACACCAUGGUUACAGAUGUAAAUCACCUGAUGAGUGAGACAACCCUUUUGUCCAAAGAAAAAGAAGGAUUUGUGCUUGAGCCAGUUGAUGAUACAGCUGUCACCCAGAGGAAAAAAACCAAAAGAAAGAGGAAGCUGCUGGUGGAUGUAGAGAAGGAGCUCAGCUGCACUGCUAUUUACAAGCAGCUUACUAACUGCACAGACAUCCUGGCCACGCUGGACCUUGCUCCCCCAACCAAGAAAACAAUGAUGUGGAAGGAACUGGGAGGUGUGGAUAGACUCCUGUCCAACACCACACAGCCUGUGGCUCAUCCUGAGCUGCAGAAGUUGUUUGAGAAAUGCUUCAAGAGUCAUGGAACUAAUAUGGGAGGAAAUAGGAUACAUAGAGUGCCUGAAAUAGAAGAAAUGAGAAAAGAGCAACAUACCACAGAGAUGCUGCCAGUGGAAGAGCCAAGUUACCUGCAGGAGACAACUCACUCCGAGACUGAGAGAAACAUUAGAAAUGAUUCCUUUAUUCCACCAUGGAAUAACAGAAAUGAAACCACUGAGAACUGUGGUGCAACUAUACAGGAUGGAGCAGCUUUCUCUGAGAGCUCCAAAAAUUCCCUAGGCCAGGAAGCUGAAACGGAGAAGGUGGAGAUGCCAAAGGAGCAAACAAGGACCAGGAAAGACAGUGAAGAAAUAAGAUGGGGCAAAAGAACUCUUCAGUUACUAAAAACUUUACAGCACCUGAGGAGAUCAGGCAUGUGUUCCUUCAGCUUUCAGGAGCUCUGUCAGAAAAACAACAGGAAAGAAGCUGCAGUCAAGUUCUACAUCUUUCUGGUUCUGAGGAAGCAGCUGGUCCUGGAGCUGUGGCAGCACAAGCCCUUUGCUGACCUCACAGCCACCCCUGGGCCCAUGUUUGAUGAAAUCAAAUAA